AAAAGUUCAAAUUAUUUAAAAACAAAAAAUUUAAAAAAUAAAUAAAACAAUAAAAUGCAUAAAAGACAAAAUUCAACCACAAUACUCACAGAAGAGUUAAAAAAUCAAUUUCGUCACAAACUUCGCUUCAAAAGACGUCCAUCAGAUAAAUCCAUCGACCCACCAACCCCACCAAUCCUCGAAUCCCCACCACAGUCCCAAAAAACAAUCUCAAACAUCAAAAAAUCCCAACAAGAUGCCAAAAGCUACCGCGCAAUAAUUCUCCCAAAUGGCCUCAAAGCAACUCUAAUCUCAGAUCCAACAGCUCAAAAGUCAGCAGCAUGCAUCAGCAUCGAAGUCGGUCACAUGUCAGAUCCAACAGAUAUUCCAGGUCUAGCUCAUCUUUGCGAGCACACAUUGUUCCUUGGAUCUGAAAAAUUCCCAACCGACAACGACUUCCGACUCUUUUUAAGUGAAAACGGAGGCUACGCAAAUGCACAAACUUUCGCAGACGUGACAAAAUAUUUCUUUGACAUUCUGCCAGAAAAGUUUGAGGAAGCGAUCGACAGAUUUUCACAAAUGUUCAUUGCUCCACUUUUCAAUGUCGAGUCAGUCAUGCGUGAAAUUUCCGCAGUCAAUAGUGAGCAUGAGAAGAAUUUAGCAUCGGAUGCUUGGCGUGUACGGAUGGUCAAUAAAAAGCUAGCUAUUCAGGAUCAUGACUACUCAAAAUUUGGAACUGGAAGUACGAAAACAUUAAGUCGAGCUGAUAUUUGUAAAGAAUUGAAGGAGUUUCAUAAAAAGUUUUAUAAAUCUGGGAAUUUAAUGAACUUGGCUGUGCUGGGGAAGGAACCACUGGAUGACCUUGAAAAAAUUGUGAAAAAAUAUUUUGAGGAUGGGAUUAAAAAUUUGAAAAUUGAGGUUCCAAGUUGGAGUGACAAAGUUUUCAGUGCAGAGUCAAUGAUGACGAAGACAUUGAUUGUUCCAAUUAAGGAUGUGAGGUCCAUGACACUUCAAUUUCAGACGCCAUGUCUGUUAAGGUAUUAUAAGUCUAAGCCCGACCAAUACAUAAUUAAUCUACUGGGUCAUGAAGGUCGAGGAUCAGUGUUAUCAGAAUUAAAAAAACAGCGUUGGAGCAAUUCAUUAAACUGUGAUCAUGUCAAGUAUGCUAAUGGAUUUGGAUUCUUUGAGAUUAAAGUUGAUUUGACUGAUGAAGGCUAUACCCACACAGAUGAGAUCGUCAAAGUAAUCUUUCAAUACCUCAACCUUAUCAGACAUCUCGGCGUACAGCAGUGGAUCUUCGAUGAACUUCAAAGACUCAAUGUAAUUGAAUUUAGAUUUGAAGAUGAGAAGAAUCCAAUGAAGCUUGUGUCUAAAUUAUCCAGCUGCAUGCGUCACUAUCCACUUGAAGACAUCCUUACGGGUCCAACAUUGAUUGAAGAAUUUAAACCAGAACUGAUUGAAUUCAUCCUCAGUAUGUUAAUUCCUGAGAACCUCAGAAUAAUUAUUGUAGACCAAACUCAUUACUACAAGUGUAACUACACUGAGAUUAUUUAUGGAACUAAGUAUGGACUUGAAAGAAUCAGAUCAUCCACAAUUCGUGACUGGACAAUUUGCAAGACUAAUCCAGAACUUCAUUUACCAGAGCCAAAUUUAUUCAUUCCGUCAGAUUUUGAGUUCGUGCCGAUUGAAAAUUGGAAGCAGACAUUUCCGAAAAUAAUCAAAGACAGCUCCUUGAUCCGUGUCUGGUUUAAACAGGACACGGAGUUCCGAAAACCAAAAACAAUGUUUACAAUUGAACUCAAAAAUCCAACAAUAAAUUGUGAUCCACUUAAUUGGAACUUGACGCAUUUAUUUGUAUGGAUGCUUGAAGAUCACAUAAGGGAACGAUUAUAUGGAGCUAGCCUUGGAGGCAUCGAGUGGAGAAUUGGCAUCACAAUAGCUGGAAUCAGAAUCUACGUUGAUGGAUUUUCACACAAGCAAAAUUUAUUUUUAGAAACAAUUUUGAAUGAAAUUUUCAAAUUUAAAAUUGAUUUGCGGCACUUUGAAGACACUUAUGACUCCUACAUGGCUGACUUGAAAGGCUUUGAAGGUGAAAAGCCGCAGCAAAUGGCAAUUUAUUAUCUAGAACAAAUCCUUAACGAGCAAACAUGGUCAAAUGAGGAACUAAUCGCUGCAAUGAAAGUUAUUACAAUUUGUAGGCUGAAAACAUUUGCUAAGGAAGUUCUGACCCAGACUUAUGCUGACUGCUUUGUGUUUGGGAAUGUUGAUGAGGAAAGGGCAUUGAAGUUGGCUGAGAUUGUUGAGGAUAGGCUUAAUAAAGCUAGGAGGUCGAAUAAGAUGAUGAUUGUGUUAGCUCAGAACACAGUUAGGGAGAGGAAGCUGAAUGAUGGUGACUUCUACACAUUCCAGACAGCCAACAACUACCACAAGUACAACUGCAUCAGUUUAUUUAUCCAAUGUGGACUUCAAGAUGAUAAAUCGAAUGUCUUACUGGAUUUAAUUCUUCAAAUCAUUCGAGCACCUUUCUUUGAUAUUUUGAGGACUAAGGAGCAGCAGGGAUAUAUGGUAGAUUGUCUUAUAAGGAGAGCUAAUGGAACUCAGGGAAUAAAGUUUGUGAUUGAAUCUAGUAAGCAUCCAGAGUAUAUUGAGGAGAGGAUUAAAAGAUUUUUGAUAUCAAUGCAGCGCACAAUAACCGAAAUGACACAAGAAAAGUUUGAAAACAACAAAAAUUCGUUAAAACUCAAGAAGCUUCGGACACCGUUGACUUUAGCUGCACAAUUUUGGCAAUUUCAUAAAGAAAUUUCAACUCAGCAGUAUCAUUUUAACAGAAGUCAUGUUGAAGCAUCGAUUUUGAAAAAUUUGACUCAUCAGGAGGUCGUUGAGUUUUAUGAUAAAUUCAUCGCAUCAGAAUGUCCAACACGACAAGUCAUCUCAAUCCACAUAAUAUCAAGUGAAACAAUGAAACAGACCCGGAACAUGCCAUCAGAUGCGAUCAAUAAGAUUGAAAAUUUGAUGGAUUUUAAGAAUUCUCUGCAAUUGAAUCCUCGAACAAAGCCAAAGAGUUUAAGACAGUUUUAUACCAAUUGUUCCAAGAGUAGAACUAGAAAGAGGUAGACAACUAGUAAAGUGUGAUCUAGAAUUAGUGGAAAAAUAAUAAA